AUGCCGCAAGUCGCAAAAUUCAGCGUCGAGAACGGCACGGUGCCGAACCCCGUGCCGGACGAACUUCGAUCGCUCACGAUGUCCGAGGAGAUGAUGAUCUCCAUGGCGUUCCCUGUGUGCAAGGUCAUCAGGCUUGCGGGCGGGGCCCAUGGGUACAAGGGGCAUGUCCUGAGCAUAGGCCAGGAUAUUGGCGGCUUCGUAGGGACUUUGCCGUGGCUUCCAAACUCCGACGAGAUGCCCGUCAUCAUCAUCCAGCCACCCGACGGCGGAAGCUGGGCGGGUCGGCAGUUCAAGGUCAGCCUCGAGCGGGUGCAGCGGGCUCUCAACUACCUCAUGCUGCACAGCCCGCCGUACAUGGAUAUUCGGUCGAGGAUAGACAUGGACCGGGUUCGCCGACAUCUGCAAGACGAGCCGCGGGAGGACGGCGGGGAGAUCGACGUCAUGCGUUUAUUUCACACGGUUACUGAGGAACCGCCAAACCCCGGAGGCGGCGACGGCGAAGAGGAGAAGGAGGGCAACGGGGAGGGCGCUCGCGACUACCGAGGAAUCGAACCAAUGCCAGACCCGGUCGAACACGAGGAGCGACAACAGUCCUUCAUCCCGAUGCCCGGGGACGGUCGCCAGAGCGAGGCGGAGAUUCUGCGGCAGCAGUUGGAGCACAUGACAAACUACACGGACAACGGGCAAAGCGGGGCGGCGACCAUGCAAUAUCCUGGGCGAGAAGCGCCCUUGCGAGAGGACACGCCUUGGCUGUGGAGCAUGUGCUUUCCGACUCUCUUUCCGGACGGCGUCGGGGAUACAUCCCAGCCACAUCAACGUACACUGACGGACGUCGACAUCGUCACACAUCUCAUGAAGUUUGUUGAUCGGCCGGAGGGAGAGGCGCCUUACUACCGUUUUGCGAGCCACAGAACAUUCCGCUACUGGGCGCUGGACAUGCGGCUCAGAAAAACGGCUCGGUUACGGUGCCGUAUCUUCCUACGGAACAACCCGGCCCUUACCAGUCUUGAUCCCAGUGAGGUUAACGACGACACCAUUCGGCAGCUCAUGAGCGUCGCGACCCGGUACGUCGCGAAUGUGCCCGGGACGGAUGGCUACUGGAAGAAGUGGGAGGGCAAGCUGGAGGACACCAUCGAUCAGCUUCCGUCUCUGUCGACGUUCACCACCUACUCCGCCGCCGAUCACCACAUGGCCGACCUCUAUCGCCUGAUGCCAAGGGCUGGCCCGGAGCCUGAGGCGGGUGUGGGGGCAGGCGACGUCCGUCCCAUCCAGGAGCGCAACCGCCUGCUCAUUGCCAACCCCCAUAUCGCGGACUGGUGGAUCUGGGAGAGGAUGCAGGUGUUCAAGAAGUACUUCCUGGGAAAGGACAUGGCCAAUGCUAGCUGGCACUGGGACAGGGCCGAGUGGCAGAGCAGGUCCACCCUCCACGUGCACGGGUGCAGCUCGUGGGAAUGCGAGGGCGAGGAGCGUGUAACGGAGCUGGCGCGCACGUACCUGCGGGGCCACAUCGGGCGGGUGCGGCCUUCGGGAGACGGUGAGGAUCCCCCCGGCGACGGAGGCGUCGGUGAUGAGGAUAUGUCGCGAGUGAAGGACGGGAUAUCUAGCUUCUUGUGUGGGAUCGGAUUCACUGCUCUCAACCUCGAACCACCGCCUACACCAGCCGAUCCACAAGUUCCGACCAGCGAAGAGGCUCGUGCCCGAGGCAGGGAUGAGCUGGCCAGAGACCUGCGCGCUUUCGAUUGGGACGAUGUCGGGGAAUGCGAAAGGCGGUACAAGAACCUCGUCAACGCGUGCAUGCGUCACACCCGACACGGAGGGUACUGCCUUGUGAACGGGCGCUGCCGGUUUGGCUUCCCCAAGCCCCGGCAAGAGUCGUUGGGCCUGGAGGCACACCCUCUCACUACUCCUCCGACCGACAAUGUCGACGACUGGCAGCUCAUCGCAACGCCACAAAACGCGUUGCCGCGGCGGGAGGGGGAGGAAGGGGAGGGUGUAUUCGACCCCUGCGUCAACCGGCACGUCGUGGCACAGCUGCUGGGGUGGGGUUCGAACGUCGACUUCUCCCCAAUCGUCGACAUGGGCAUGGCCGGGAGGUACAUGGUCAAGUAUACCACCAAGGGAGAGUCUCGGAGCAGGGACGUACAGACAACGCUCGCGACCCUUGUUCGCCACGCCGCUACCCUGGACGCCGACGACGACGACAGGCUUACGUUGCCUUCGAUCAUGCGAAAGGUCCUCAACAUGGCGACGACGAGGCGAGACAUGGGCGUGCAGGAGGUUCAGCACCUCAACCUACAGACCCACAACGUCCUCCACAACGUCGAGUACGUGAGGGUGUAUACCGAGCAGACUUCUGUCGAAGUUGAGAGCGCCGGGGCCGACGGGGGACUUCGGCCAGUGCGGGACCUGCUCCUUGCGUACUCCCGUCGCAUGGAUCAAGACGCGUGGGUUCCCAUCCAUGGAGGAAGGCCCCAGCAGGACGCGGUCCUCGAGGAGAUGAACUACUGCACGUUCGCCGCCACGUACAAGCUAACGCGGGAGAAGAAGAUUACGACUCACACCCGAAAUAACCGCGUCGUCUCCUUCCUUCCCAUCUUCUCCCACAGCCCUACCAGCCCGAAGUACGCCGACUACUGCCGCAGCCACCUUGUGAAGUACCGCCCGUGGCGUGGCCCUCUGCACAACGGGUGGGACGGCGAGGAAGGAGAGGAGGCUACCACACAGGACGCUGCUGCCAGGCAAAACAUGAUAGACGCGUGGAGGACGUGGGCCACCGAAGUUCAGGCGAUGCCGUUGGGACAACAACCGCGUGGUUUCUCGGCGCGAGACCUCCAGGCGGACCGCCGACGCCGAGGCCGCCGCAGCGGGGAGGGUAGCGGAGGUGAGCCCCACGAAGGCGACGGGGAAAGGAAGGAGAACGACGAUGAACCCCCCAACCUCGACGGCCUGCACGGAAACGGAUUGCAGGGGGGGGCUGGGGACGAUGACCUAGAUCGGCGGUGGAGCGACGGCCGCGACGGCAACAACGUCGACUGGGGCCAGGCGGGUUGGGCCCAGGCACAAGGAGUGCGGGAAGACUCCACUACCUGGGUGAAGGACUCUGCUGGUGCCGCGGCUGCCGGCCCCGCCUCCACAGAAGCGGCUGUGCUUCCGGUACCAGUCCUCAACGAGAAGCAGGCUCUCGCUGUAACACUGGUGAGAGAUCACGCGGCGAGCCUCGACUCCUACCGAGAAGCCGUCCGCGUGAGCCGCAGAGACAACAGCGCCAGGGCCGCGCACCCCCCCCUGCCGGCGCCUCCGAGUCCUCUCCGUUUGCUGCUCACGGGGACGGCGGGCACCGGCAAGACGGUUGUCAUUCGGGAGAUGGUGAGGUUGGUGGGACAGCAGCGGUUCAUCCUCAUGGCUCCAACGGGGAACGCUGCUUGCGCCAUCGGAGGAAUGACCAUCCACGGCGGUUUCAGGAUUCCCGUCGUCCAGAGCAACCGGUCUUCGGACCCCAGCCGCAUGACCGAAGCAGCUCUCAGGGACCUGCAGGAGCGCAUGGCUGAGGUCGAUUUCAUCCUCGUCGACGAGUUCUCCAUGGUGGGUCAGGACAUGCUCGGCCUCAUGAGCGCGAGGGGAAAACAGGCCGUGGAGGGGCGGAGGGGAGAUGGAAUAGAGGACUUCCGCCAAGACGUAUUCGGAGGCCUGAGCAUCAUCCUCGUCGGCGACCCAGCACAGCUUCCUCCGGUCGGGGCUAGCCCGUUGUGGAAACACAAUCCUUCCACGGGCGGCCUCAGCAUGCAAGGACUGCAAGCGUGGCUGUCGAUGAACAACGCCGUCGAGCUCACGCAGGUCAUGCGCCAGCAAGGUCCGGAGCAGGCCGCCUUCCGCGACACACUACUGCGUAUCGCCGAGGGCAUGCAGACCGCAGACGACUGGGACGUACUCAAGCGAAGGUUCAUCGCCGCGGUGGGGGCUGCAGAACGCGAAACCUUCGACGACGCUGUUCACAUCUUCCCCACGAACGCCCUCGCCGACGACUGGAACUGGCGGCGGUUGAACUCUCUAGGAACCCCCAUCGCGAGAAUCAACGCCACUCACACCAUCCACGGCUACAACGCGGUGUCCUCCGAAAGGUUCAGGGGCUUGCAAUCGCACAUCUUCCUCGCCAUCGGCGCGCGUGUGUUCGUCAACAACAACGUUUGGGUCUCUGCCGGCCUUGCCAACGGAGCCGUCGGGGAAGUGGUGCACAUGCAGUGGGCAGAGGGCCAAACGCCGCCACAACUGCCGGAGGUCGUGUGGGUUCGCGUGGAGAACUACCGGGGUCCUCAAUACUCGAGCAACCACUCCGGAGGGACUGGGCCGACGGCGAAAUCGACCUCACGAACCUCUGCCCCAUCGCCCCCAUGGACGUCAUGGAUGAUCAACCACCCACGGGUCGCCGGAGAGGUGACGGCACCUCCAUCGCCCGCUGCUUCAGGAUGCAGUUGCCCUUGAUGCUCGCCUUCGGUAUCACCAUCUACAAGAGUCAGGGCAACACCUUGCUACGCUGCUUCUUGGACAUCGGAGCAAGCGAGAGGAGCGACGGACAAUCCUUCACUGCCUUCAGCCGGUGCCGUACGCUGGAGAACAUGCUCCUCGAGCCCUUCUCCCUUGAGCGCUUCCUCAAAAUAGGCGACAGCCGUUCCUUCCAUCACGACUCAACGCCAUCGACCACGUGCGGACAGUCGAGGACCGUACACGUCGUCAGCAUGGCUUGCCGCCCAUCGUCAGAACCGCUCGGCCCCCGAGGACACGACGGAGGGCGGGCCGCGGAGGAGGGGGGCGAGGAGAUGGGGGGAGGCAGGGGGGAGUGCAAGGCGGCCGUGGUGGACGGGGUCGCGGGGGGCAGGGCCGAGGCCAGCGUUCCACGGAGAGGCCAGACCUUUCUAUCCCUCCAGCCGUCGUUUCGUGGGAGGUAUACGCGGUUCGCCAAAUGCAGAACUCCCACACAGACUCCUGGGUGUACGUACCCUUCCUCCUCGACGCUUUUGGCGUAGAUCGAUAUGUGCUCUUCGAUAAGCCAGCCUGGUGGGAUUCCGCCGUGGCAGCCUGUGCUGUCGCCCUCCAGGACGCCGGCCAACACCCAGAAGGGAAUGUCAAGGACUUGCGAACCUGCGCGCAGCGUGAAGAUGGAGUGGACGCGUAUGGGAGUAACUACGUUACCGCCUCCAGACAGAGUCAACUCAUGGAGGGUCACCCGAUCGGUCAAGGGCUAGGCCUGAUGGUGGUCGCCUGGCGGAACGCAAUUGAGGUGGCCAAGCAACAGCUCCAACUGCCGAGAGUAACCGCCUCCCAAGUUGGCCCAGCAGUCGUACCCACCUUCAUGGCCUGAGCUUUUUCGUUGUCGUGUUGGGUUUGCACCGUAUGUAAUUAGGUGGGUCUUCAUGACUUUGUUUAGGCAACAUACCUCUCGCG